UCACAAAACUAUUGGAGACAAAUUGAGAAUUAAAAGAUUCUUGAAGGGUGACAAUUGAGAAGAUUAUACAAUUCAUUACGUUGAUCUUCCUCAAGAAAAGUCUCGUCUUCUACGGAAUGGAUUACUCACGGAGCUUUCUCGCAUUCUCCCUCUGUCUUAUCCUGAUCCUCCCUCGAGCUUCGUCCGCGUCGAUACGCUUCCUCCCUCGAUGGAGUAACAGAGAUGGGUCUGUGAUAAAGCAGAAGACGAGUGCUUCCUCUCUUGUGUUUGAUCCAACUCGUGUCACUCAGCUCUCUUGGACUCCUAGGGUGUUUUUAUACAAAGGGUUUCUCUCAGAUGAGGAAUGUGACCAUUUUAUCAAAUUGGCGAAAGGGAAGCUUGAGAAGUCUAUGGUUGCGGAUAAUGACUCUGGUGAGAGCGUAGAGAGUGAAGUACGCACAAGCUCUGGAAUGUUCCUUUCCAAAAAACAGGAUGAGAUAGUAUCUAAUGUGGAGUCAAGACUUGCCGCAUGGACCUUUCUCCCUGAGGAAAAUGGAGAAUCAAUGCAGAUACUACACUAUGAGAACGGUCAAAAAUACGAACCGCAUUUUGACUACUUCCACGACGAGGUGAACCUACAGCUCGGUGGUCAUAGGAUCGCCACUGUAUUGAUGUACUUGUCCAACGUCAAAAAAGGAGGAGAGACAGUGUUUCCCAUGUGGGAGGGAGCAACAAAUCAACCAAAAGAUGAUAGCUGGACCGAGUGUGCCAAGGAAGGCUAUGCAGUGAAACCGGUGAAAGGGGACGCGUUGCUCUUCUUCAACCUUCACCUCAACGCGACCACAGAUCCGAGCAGCUUGCAUGGUAGUUGUCCGGUGGUUGAGGGAGAGAAAUGGUCAGCAACCAGAUGGAUUCAUGUUAAGUCGUUCGACAGAGUGGUUAACAAGACGUCUGGGUGUGUGGACGAGAAUGAGAGCUGCUCUAAGUGGGCAAAGGCAGGGGAAUGCGAGAAGAAUCCAGCUUACAUGGUGGGUUCAGACACUGACCAUGGUUAUUGCAGAAAGAGCUGCAAAGUUUGCUCUUCUUAAGAAAUAAAAGUAUAAUGAGAGCUCUUUACUAAAGGAUUAAAGAUUUUUGUAUAGCGAAAAAACCGGUUUUCGCCAUUGAAGGUAGCAAAACCUUAGAAGGACAAAAGUUGAGAACGAUACUGAAAGAUAAUCAUGAUGAUAUGUUACUUAUCUUCUUAAUAAGCUUAUGGUUUCUUGUUCA